CCUAAAAUUUAUUCCCAAGUUUUCACUUCUCACUAGGCAGCUACCUCUCCACGUACGUUUUCCAUAUAUUUUCACAUUCUUCGUAUGAGAGCAAGGAGAUCACCAAUGGCUGCUAUCACCUUAGACACAACUUUCAAGCCAACAACCAACGAAGUACUCGACUCCCCUCAUGAUCAACAAUAUGAGACUGUGAUCGAGGAAAUUGAAGGGCUUAUAAAAGUGUACAAGGAUGGACACGUGGAGAGACCUCAGAUCGUGCCAUGUGUCACAGGCGCAGUAGCUCCGGAGCUAGGCGUGACAUCGAAGGACGUGGUCAUCGACAAGUUCACAAACAUCUGGUCACGUUUCUACGUGCCCAAAUGCCAAGAAAAUAACAAGAUGAAGCUCCCUUUGCUAGUAUACUUUCAUGGAGGUGGGUUUUGUGUUGGCUCAGCCGCUUGGAGUUGUUACCAUGAUUUUUUAGCAAAGCUAGCCUCCAAACUCGGUUGCUUAAUCAUGUCGGUAAAUUACCGAUUGGUCCCUGAACACCCUCUCCCAGCUGCAUAUGAAGAUGGAUUCAACUCCAUCAUGUGGCUGAAACAACAAGCUCUAAGUCAACGUGGAGCUAAUAAUAAUAAUACAUGGUGGUCAACGCAAUGUGACUUUUCCAGAAUCUUCCUGGUGGGUGAUAGUGCGGGUGCCAAUAUAGCCCAUAAUGUGGCCACCAGACUUUACACGCGAGGAGGUUCGGUGUUUGAAUCACCUUCUACUGAUCAGUAUCGCUUGCAUCAGUCAAAUUCUUACCGUCCAUGUGACGAAGAGAUUAUAAGCUCAAUAAAGCCUUUGAUUGUUAAAGGUACAAUUUUGCUGCAACCCUUUUUUGGGGGAGAGGCUAGGACAAGUUCUGAGAAGUACAAUAUGGUGAAGCAACCUCGGUCUGUGCUGAGCGUGGCAGCCUCUGAUUCUUAUUGGCGAUUGGCGCUGCCACGUGGCGCUAAUCGAGACCAUCCAUUUUGCAAUCCUAUGAAGAGUAGUAGUGACGGUGGUACUCUAAAGGCUGGUUGGCCUACUAUGGUUUGCAUUUCAGAGAUGGAUAUAUUGAAAGAUAGGAACUUGGAGUUUUGUGAAGCAUUGAGGAAAAGAGGAGAUGGUAAGAUGAAGGUGGAAUAUGUGGUGUAUAAAGGUGUUGGGCAUGCAUUUCAGGUGCUGGAUAAGUCUGAGCUCUCGAAAACUCGAUCGCAUGAGAUGAUAAAUCAUAUUAAGGCCUUUGUUAAUUGUAAUUAAUUAGUUCCCUUGUGAGCUGUGACCAUAUAUAUAUGAUUAGCAAACCCUAGCUUGUAUAGCCAUGUAAAAUGCAUAUAUUUAUAAUCAAAAGAAUAUCAGUUGUGUCUGUAUAAAAGUUGAAAAAUGAAAAAUUAAAUCAGGUAUGUUUCAUGAUC